AUGUCUGAGGUCCCCCGGGCUGAGACCUUUGUCUUCCUGGACCUGGAAGCCACUGGGCUCCCCAAUGUGGACCCCGAGAUUGCGGAGAUAUCCCUGUUCGCUGUCCACCGCUCCUCUCUGGAGAGCCCAGAGCGUGAUGAGGCUGGCACCCCCAUGCUGCCCCGCAUCCUUGACAAGCUUACCCUGUGCAUGUGCCCGGAACGCCCCUUCACCUCCAAGGCCAGCGAGAUCACCGGCCUGAGCAGCGAGGGCCUGGCUCAGUGCCGGAAGGCCGGCUUCGACGAGGCCGUGGUGCGGACGCUGCAGGCCUUCCUCAGCCGCCAGGAGGGCCCCAUCUGCCUCGUGGCUCACAACGGCUUUGAUUACGACUUCCCCUUGCUGUGCACGGAGCUGCAGCGUCUAGGUGCCCACCUGCCGCGGGAUACCACCUGCCUGGAUACGCUGCCAGCCCUGCGGGGCCUGGACCGUGCCCACAGCCAUGGCACCCGGGCCCAGGGCUGCAAGGGCUACAGUCUGGGCAGCCUCUUUCGCCGCUACUUCCAGGCAGAGCCCAGCGCGGCCCACUCGGCCGAGGGAGAUGUGCACACGCUGCUCAUGGUCUUUUUGCACCGCGCCGCCGAGCUGCUCACCUGGGCCGACGAGCAGGCCCGCAGCUGGGCUCACAUCCGGCCCAUGUACACGCCGCCCGACAGCCCGAGCCUGGAGGACUGA